UCCUCCCACUCCCUCUCCACCGAGCGCUCUUCUGUGGAGCUCUGGAUUUCUGCGCGCUUUGGAUCUCGCCUCGGAAAAACUGCGGCGGAGGCGCAGGAUCACAGAGAGUUGCCCUAAAUCAGGGUUCAACUGCAGAUAUCUGUUUAGUCCGUAGGAAUCGCAUUGUUUAGAUUUUUUGUUACUGAGGUUUUUUUUUGUUUAGCUCUAGUUUUAUCAUGGGGGCGCUCAGGGGGCUCGUUGCUGCGCUGCUGUGCGUUUUCCUGACCGGAGCGCAAACCCAGGUUCAGAGAAACAGACUUGCUGAAUGUCCUGUCGAUCUCUAUUUCGUCCUCGAUACAUCCGAGAGUGUGGCCCUUCGGCAGAAACCUCCCAACUUUUACAUUGACCAGAUCAAAGAAUUCACGAAGCGCUUCAUCGACGAACUGAAGAACAUAUGUUGCUUGUCUGUUUGUUUCGUCUCACAGGACACCAGGCUGUCCCUGAUCGCCACAGACCAGAAUUACAGACAGAAUUUCACUGCCGCAGAUGACACCAGGUCCACUAAGAUGGGAACCAUCAGAACCAUCAUUGACAUCAUUACAAAUGAGACAAAGGAUGUGUGUUGCUCCUUUGACUGCAAUGCUGCAGGUGGGCCAAAAGGACCGGAUGGAGACAGUGGUGGAAAGGUGAUGGAUAACAUGAAAGGAGAUAUUGGCGACAUGGGCAGCGUUGGAGAUCCCGGUCCUGUUGGUUACAGUGGAAUGAAGGGAGACCAGGGUGGAAAAGGAGAAAAGGGUGACAGAGGAACCAAAGGCUACAAGGGAGACAAAGGUGAAAGGGGCAGAGACGGGAUUGAUGGACGCAAGGGUGAAGCUGGUUUCCCUGGUCUUGCCGGCUGUAAAGGUUCUCCUGGAUCAGAUGGUCUGCAGGGAGAGCCUGGACCAAAGGGAGAUCCUGGUCCAUAUGGACAGAAAGGAGGCAAAGGAGAUCCAGGAAGAAAUGGCGACCCAGGAAGACCUGGAAACUAUGGACCUCUGGGAUCACGGGGAGAUCCAGGUCCUCGUGGUGCCGACGGUGACAAAGGAGAACGUGGUGAUGAUGGUGCACCUGGACCAGAUGGACCCAGGGGAGAUAAGGGAACUCCUGGAGAGAAGGGAGAACAAGGAGCCCGUGGAAACAGGGGUCCAAGAGGAGAACUUGGAGAACCAGGACCAAGAGGAGAGCAGGGAAGGGAGGGCCCUACUGGCUCCAAUGGAGACCCCGGUGAGCCUGGCAAAGUAGGGGCUCCUGGCUACAGAGGAGAUGAAGGCCCCCCGGGAGCAGAGGGACCCAAAGGACCCAGAGGAAUCAAAGGAGCUCCAGGAGACAGAGGCCCAAUGGGGGAGAGAGGAGUAGAUGGAGACCCAGGAAAUGGUACCACAGGUUGUCAUGGAUUUCAGGGAAAUCCUGGCCCACGUGGUGAUGUCGGUGAGCCGGGCGGCAAUGGAACCCCUGGACCAAAAGGAGAUGAUGGUGAGCCAGGAGAUCCAGGCCCUGAUAACAACCAACCUGGGCCUGCAGGACCUAAAGGGGCCAAAGGUCACAGAGGACCCGAGGGCAAACCAGUAAGAAUACCAGAAUGUGAAAUUCUGGAUAUCAUCAUGAAGCUCUGCUCGUGUUGCGAGUGCAAGUGUGAGCCUUUGGACCUGGCUUUCAUCGUCGACAGUUCAGAAAGUAUUGGUGCCUCAAACUUCGCUCUCGCCAAAGACUUUAUCAUCACUGUGAUUGACAGAUUGAUAAAAGAUCAGCAAGUCAAGUUUGCAGGAAACGAGUCCAGGGUGAGUGUCGUUCAGUACAGUGGAGCCAAGGCGCAAGAAGUGGUCCAACUGGGCACCAAUGCCGUCAGCCUUACUGAGUUUAAACAGGCAGUGAGAGACUUGCGCUGGUUGGCCGAGGCCACCUACACUGGCGAGGCUCUCGAUUUUGCUCUAAACAACACAAUCAAACUGAUGAGGCAAGAGAACAGGGUUGUUCUGGUCCUCACUGACGGGCGCUCCGAUAUCAUAAGGGACAAGGUUCCCCUUAACGUGCUCUGCGGUAAAAACAUAAGGGUUGGUGGUUUGGGAGUGAAAGAUUACUCUGGUCGCGUGCCCAACCAAGAGCAGCUUGGAGAUGUGGUGUGUAAGAGUGACCCCAAACCGGGCUUUUCUUUCGUCCUGGAUAACUUUGCUGAGCUGCUGGAUGACACUUUUCUGCAGAACCUCACAUCCAGAAUAUGUCAAGAUAAGAGAUGCCCAGAUUACAAAUGCCCGAUCACUUUCAAUGAAGGUGCCGAUAUCUUGGUGAUGAUGGAUAGUUCAGCAAGCGUGGGCCAGAAGAACUUCGAGACAAGCAAGACCUUUGUCCGUCGCUUAGCUGAUCGUUUCUUUACCGCUAAGAGGAGUCCCGGUGCUAAUGUCAAAGUGGGCGUGGCCCAGUACAGUAGAAGUGCGAAAAUGGAGCAGGGUCUCACGACCAACUACACGCUGCUUUCUAGUAAGGUGGAGGAAGCCGCUUUCCAAAAUGAUGGCACUAAUGUGUUGGAAGCCAUGGAGUUCGCCAUAAGAAAUUUACAGGGCCGAGGAGACUCGUCCGCUGGUGUGAGGAAGUUGGUGCUCUUUUCUGACGGAAGGUCACAAGGCGUCACCGGGCCUGUGCUGGAGAAGCGUGUCCGCGAGGUGGCAGACGCCGGAGUGCAGCUGUACGUCAUCGCAGUCGGCAGCCAGGUCAACGAAGCCAACCUGCGCACACUGGUGAGCAGGGGACGGCCGGACGACAUCAGCUACGCCCAGCGCCACCUGAUCCGCGUUUCAGAUUACCCCUCCCUGCUGCACGGGGUCUUCGCCCAGACCGUCUCCCGCAGGGUGUCCUUGCGUUAGAAUCGUGGGCCACACAAGAAAAUACAGAACCAAGAUAAUAGAUUUUUUUUUUUUGUCCCAUUAUAAUUAUUCUGUUUCACUCGUUACCAUAUACUGGGCAAAAGUUCACACAAAAGGACAAAUGAUUGUGUAGCAGACAAAUAGUGAUGCUUUGGUAAAUGUCCCUGGGACUUUUUGACCUUGAGCCUCAAAUUAAGACCAUCCAGGCUGUGCACCAAAUCUACAUUUUUUUUUGUUUGUAUUUUUUUGUACUAGGUGAUAGCAUAAAAAAUAUAGCAAGCAACUGGAAACUAUUGACAGGGGGGGGGGGAUUCCAGGGUUAAAAUGUCCAAUUUCUGAGAGAAUGAUUUGGUUUCAGAGAGCAAUUUGAAAUGGAUCUAGCGAUACUGAUUUCUACCCAACUACUGUUUACAUGUUCUAGCCCUCUGUUUCAGAACAUGCUCAGGAUUUUAGUGAACCUUGAUACACCUGAUAUCCGAAACCCAAGCAACAAGAAGUGUCACUAUCCAAUAAAAACCUGGCCAAGGUUAUGACAGGACAGCCGGAUUCAAUACGUGUGCCUCUGUACUGGUAUGUGUGUGUUUUAACGUAUGCAUCUGUGACUUUGUGGUGUCUCUGAACGCUGUUCGCUAAAACAGCUCCGCUAAUGUUUGUUGGUUUAUAUCCCGUCAAGACAGAAACUUGUGCAGCAUAAAGACCUCCGCUAAACACACACACACUAAACACAACGGCGAAUUCUAAACACCUGUCAUGGGUGUGAGGGCACAAUAAUUAACCUCCUGGGACACACACACACACACACACGCUAACCCAUACGAAGACAAACACGCAUUCACCAAACCCCUCGCCUGCACCUUCACAACUUUGACUGUCGGUGUUUUUCAAAAGCUCUGAACUGCUGUUUUGUUGUCACAUCUAUGGUGCUAUUGGUCCCAGGUUCAUUAGCCUCUACCCAUAAUGUUCAGAAGAUAUUUUUUUACCUGAGGAAAAAAACAAAAAGCUCAGAGGUAAUGUUACGGCUCCUUCAAAAUAAAAGGUUGCUACACCAAA